UUCAAUCUUCAUUCGUCGAAGACAUAGGUUCGAACCAGUCCAACUGAGAGAAAAAAGAAAAUUGUUUUUAUCUCACAGUCUCACACACUCGCUCUCUUCCCCAUGGAAGUAAAGUUUUGACAAAAAUCUAGGGUUUCUCACUCUCUCCUCUUCAGCUUCCAUGGAGAAAUCCGAGCUUCAGAGAAGAGGUGAACGCAGACUUCCACCAUCACCUAAGGUUGCACCAUGGCUUGUUUUCCCACAUGGUAAAGAUGGUAAGUUCCAAACUUUCUAUAACAUUUGUGAUCAUCAAUUAAACAAGAGAAAUUCAAACAAAUUUAUACCAGAAUUAAGUAAAAGAAGAUUUUGGCAGAAAUCUUGCCACAAAGGGUGGGUAGUCAGUGUUUGUGAGGAUGAUGAUACUGAUCCUAAUUAUGGAGAUUGUUCACUUUGGAAUCCCCAAUCACUAGAAACCAUUCACUUACCUUGUUUGCCCAAAAAUGUAAUUGAUGAAUACUUGAUCAAAGAUUAUCUUUUGACUUCACCUCCUCAGACCAACACCAGCAUUAGCAGCAGCAGUAGUAGUAGUGACAAUGAUGAUUAUGAUGCUGAUUCCAUGGUUUACAUACUUUUUGAUUGUCGUGGUGAAAGUCCCGACGUUCUUCUAUUUUGUCACCCUGGUGAAAAACAAUGGAGAAAGCAUGUGUUUAAUUAUGUCGAAUUUACUGAAUCAAUGGUAUAUCUCAAAAGUAAGUUACAUAUAAUGUGUUGGAGCGGUUUCUACUUGGAGAUAGAAGUACAGCGUGGGUCUGAUUUCGAUGAUGAAGAAACCCUUGCAGUAAGUCAUAUUCGUGUUUGCUUAGAUGGCAUUUCAAAAGAAUCACCAUCUGGAGGUUUGGGUCGUUCUUUUAAUGUGUAUUAUGUGGAAUCAUUUGCUGAUGUCUUCCGAAUAUUUAUAGCUGGCAUUAGUAGAGGGAUUCAUCACAGCGUAUCCCAAAUUGGAAUCGUAAAAUUGGAUUUCUCUGCAAUGGCUUGGGUGGGUGUCAAAAGUUUGGAUGACCAUGUCUUAUUCCUUAGCAGUUGUACACGGUUGUCUUGUUUGGCCUCGGACUUGGGACUUUCAAAAGGUUGUGUGUAUUAUACACAAUAUGAAGAAAUGAGCUUGUACAAAUAUGACUCGGAAGAUCAAAGUAUUUCACUUUCUUUACCAUGCCCUGAUCUGCGGACACCAUGGUUCUUGCCUCAGUGGCUGAUGAUUACUACACCUCCGAGGUUGACGAUAGAAGAACAGCAGACUGUAAUUUAGAAAAGGUGGAACACAUGGAUGAAGUUAUAAAGGUAAUGGAAAACAUAGCUGGUAGGGAUGAUGAGAAAGAAGAUACCGAAAAAGGAAGGCUAGGGAUUAUGCCUAUUGAUGAUUUGGUAUGGUCAGUAUCAAACUAUCUUCAUACAUUGGAUUACAUACAUUUACGUGCAGUGAGUAAAAGAUACCGUGCGAUGAUGAAUCUCAGAAGAUCCUCUUCUAUUAGAACUUUCAAGACCACAGAUUUAUCCCCGUGGCUGGUUUUCUCCGACUAUGAUCGAUCCAUCUACAAUUUCGUAAACCCACUGCAUAAUAAUGAGAAAUACCUCAUUAGUAUUCCUGAAAUGGUAAAAGGUUCUAGAAUUUGCUUUUCGAAAGGUGGGUGGUUGCUCAUGGUGAACGGCCUGACUUUGUUCUUCCACAAUCCCUUCACGAGAUCCGGUAUUAAACUUCCAGACUUCCCAAAUAAUCGUGGUGCCCCUUUCUCAGGUAUCUCGUUCUCUUCUUUGCCGACUUCUGCAGAUUGUGUAGUUUUCGCCAUAAAAAAACAAUUGGAUGCUAGCAUGUCCAUCUUCUUCAUUAAACGGGGAGAAGAACACUGGAGGUGUGAUUCCUUUGAUGCUACUAGUUAUUUACCUCUCAACAGGAAACAAAUGGGAUUCGAGAUGGAUUUGAACAAUCCAGUUUUCUACAACGGAGUAUUCUAUUGUCUAGACAUAAACGGAAAUUUAGGUGUAUCUAAACAAGAGAAUGACAACGUAAGUUGGGAAGUUUUAGCCAUGGUAAGCGGACCUAAUUGUGGGUUUAUCUAUAAGAGUUACUUGGUGGAGUGUGAAGGAAAACUUUUGUGUGUGUUAUUAGGCCAUUUGGGGAAAUGGGUUCGUAUUUUUAGAUUGAACGACACUCAAAUGGUUUGGGUUGAAGUUAAAGAUCUGGGGAGGCAUAUGUUGUGUGUUAGCAAUACAUCUUCUAUCUCGGCAGUUGCUCCAGUUAGUCAAAUGGAGAACAAAAUCUACUUUCCGAGGUUGCAUGAAGAUGGUAUCUUAUUCUAUUCCCUUGAUACAGGUAUGUAUCACUGUGUUGGUACUACUAAACAUUCUGCUAAAGAUUAUCGUGAUACGAAGGUGAAGUUAUUCUGCAGUUGGAUUGAGCCCAACUGGUCAGAGACCUCAGUUAAGUCUCUUGAUUGGCUUAGCAUUUAGAUAAAUUUGAUGGCUUUGUGGUGUAGUUGGUUAUCACGUCAUUUGAAGGUCUCAGUUCGAUCCUGAGCGAAGCCGAAUUUGCCCCUCUUAAGGAAAAAAUGAAUUUAUUUGGAUAAGUUAGCAUGUGGUUUUUAUUUUUUAUGAGACAGUAAUCUAUUUAUGUUCUGGGUGUCGUUUCUAGCCUGCCCCAACUUGUUUUGGAGCAAAGGCUUGGUUGUUGUAACGUAGUAAUCUGGCUUGGUUGUUGUAACAUAGUGAUCUAUUUAUG